AGGACUGGGAGGGGAGGAGCCUCUUAUCGUUAUUUCACUGACGAAACUACAGAGAUUCUAAACUCAGGGAACAUUUUCUACUUAGUUUAGGUAGAGAAUGAUUUGGUUAUUUUGUACAAAGAAAUCAGAGGAAACAACAUAAGUACCAACAGACAUGACUUCCUGCAGCAGUGUCCUGUCUGAAGAUCAGUUCCAUUGUUCUGUCUGUCUGGAUGUGUUCACUGAUCCUGUCUCUAUUCUAUGUGGACACAACUUCUGCAAAGCCUGUAUCACCAACUACUGGGACAACUGUGACCUGUGUCAAUGUCCCAUGUGUAAAUUGACUUUUGAUAAGAGACCAGAUCUCUAUGUCAACACUUUCAUCUCUGAGAUGGCUGCUCAGUUCAGGAAGUCAGAGCCACUGAAGACUACCAUCAGUCCAGACCUGUGUCUUCCUAAACCUGAAGUGUCAUGUGACAUCUGUACAGCUACCAAGCUCAAGGCCCUGAAGUCCUGUCUCGUGUGUCUGGCCUCUUACUGUGAGACUCACCUGGAGCCUCAUCAGAGAGUUGCAGCUUUGAAGAAACACAAACUGAUCAACCCUGUGGAGAACCUGGAGGACAGGAUCUGUCAGAAGCAUGAGAGACCCCUGGAGCUGUUCUGUAGGACUGACCAGACGUGUGUGUGUCGGUUCUGCACUGAGACGGACCACAAGACCCAUGACACUGUUCCCCUAGAGGAGGAGUGUGAAGAGAGGAAGACUCAGAUGAAGAAGACAGAAGGAGACAUGCAGCAAAUGAUCCAGGAGAGACUGAAGAAGGUUCAGGAGAUCAAACUCUCAGUAGAAACCAGCAAGAGAGAUGCAGAGAGAGAGAUAUCAGACAGUGUUCAGGUCUUCACUGCUCUGGUGCGCUCCAUUGAGAAAAGCCAGGCUGAGCUCAUUGAGGUGCUUGAAGAGAAGCAGAAAGCAGCAGAGAAACAGGCUGAAUUGUUGAUUCAAGAUCUGGAGCAGGAGAUCACUGAGCUGAAGAGGAAAAGCACUGAGCUGGAGCAGCUCUCACACACUGAGGACCACCUCCACCUGCUCCAGAGCUUCCCAUCCCUGAGCACCCCUCCACAUACCAAGGACUGGUCUGAGAUCAGUGUCCAUAGUGGUCUGAGUGUGGGGGUAGUGAGGAGAGCUGUGUCUCAGGUGGAGGAGACUCUCAAUAAAGAGAUGGAGAAGCUGUCUGACACUGAGCUGAAGAGGAUUCAGCAGUAUGCAGUGGAUGUGACUCUGGACCCUGAUACAGCAUGUCCCUACCUUAUCCUGUCUGAGGAUGGGAAACAAGUGAGAGAUGGAGACAUAGAGCUGGAUCUUCCUGACAAUCCAGAGAGGUUUGAUAGUUGUCCCUGUGUCCUGGGAAAGCAGGGCUUCUCCUCACGGAGGUUCUACUAUGAGGUGCAGGUUGAGGGGAAGACUGAGUGGGGUUUGGGAGUGGUCAGAGAGUCCAUCAACAGGAAGGGUCAGAUUACUCUAAGUCCUGAGUAUGGAUACUGGACAGUAUGGCUGAGGAAUGGAGAUCAGUAUGAGGCUCUGGCUGGCCCCUCUGUCCUCCUCUCCCUGAGACAGAAGCCCCAGAAGGUGGGGGUGAUUGUGGACUAUGAGGAGGGUCUGGUCUCCUUUUAUGAUGUGGAGGCCAGGUCUCAUAUCUACUCUUUCACUGGCUGCACCUUCACUGAGAAACUAUAUCCAUACCUCAGUACUGAUUGUGAUUAUGUAGAUGACACCCCUUUGAUUAUCACUCCUGUCACACACUGAUAAACUAAGAUGUGCAUUUGCCGGAGGGAAAGUUUGAUUGAUUACAAAACAAAUUCAGAAUCAGAAACAGACAUUAGAAUUGUAUAUUGUAUAGAAUAUGAUCUUGUAGUCAUUUUCACUGGUUUUAAUGAAUGUCAUAGUAAGUGGUUUGACUAAAUAAAAAUGAAAUGAAAAAACGGAAUUACCCAAAUAAUUGUAUAUAUGAAUUUACAAUCACAGUCGUAUCCCUGAUAUGUUACAGUAAUAGCAACCUUUAGCUUAAGUUAGUGUCGUUUAUGUUACCCAUCCUCUGCUUGUAUAACACCCCUUUUAAACUAGGAUACAUGUGUGUUCCCCACAUCUGGUGGUGUCCUCCACUCUACGGGUCAGGGGUCAGCAAGGUCAAUCCUGGAUCUACUGAUCGUCCUCUUCUGUCCACCAGAGGGGACACAUGUCAGGUCUUUGUUCUCAGUACCUCCAUCUGGGUUGUCUCUUCCUCAUCUCUUCUUCCUCUCUCUUUACUGUAUACAUGGAGCUCUCUGACCUCGAUGAUCAGAGAAUGUUUAUUGUUUAUUAUUGUUUAUUGUUAAAAGGAUCCCCAUUAGCUGACACCAAAGUGGGAUGAGCUAAUCUUCCUGGGGUCCAACAAAAAGAAAAGAAAAAUCACUUAACAAUGAUAAUCUAAAAGCAGUAACACAAUGAUAUACAUUCUGGGCUCUGGCUGGUCCCUCUGUCCUCCUCUCCCUGAGACAGAAGCCCCAGAAGGUGGGCGUGUUUGUGGACUGUGAGGAGGGUCUG